GUUUGCGCAUAGCUCUUUCUGCUUGUUUUUUUCUGCAUCGAGUUUAUUGUCUUCAGUCUCGCUGUCGAUUCUUGUCAUUUCUCGCCCCCUCGACGACGUUCCACCCGAGCAGAAGUCCUGUCAACCCUCUCGAAACUCACCUUCACCGAUCUGCAGUACUCCUUCCGAUCUUCACGUCCGAAUUCGACAUGUCACGCCCGGAAGCUCACGGCCAGGACUACGAUCACCCUGCCUUCGACGGCCGGAAUAGCGGGGAGCAUGGCGUCGGUGCGCAGGAUUAUUCAGGCCAAUUUCGGGACUUCAUGCCCAGCCACGGGCUGCGGGACUCCGCGUCGGGUGCGCGGGACUUGGGCCCGCAGGACUACGGCGCGACGACAUUCUACAAUACCUCCUACAGCUCGUCGCCGCCACCGCCGCCCUUCACCGCGGAUCGCCGGCCGUUGACGUCGAAUGCGAUGCCCGGAGCGGGCUUCCCGUCCUUUGUGGCUCCGAGGAUGCUGAACCCCGCGCAAGGAAUCGGCGUCGGGGCGGGAGGAAAUUGGAAUUCGAAGCCGACGUCGUUCUCGGCCGCGCCGAACGCGGGGCGACCGUCCGGGGAAGGGAGCGGAGGAGUGUCUUCACAAGUUCAACAGUCGGUCGUCUCUCCUUUGGUUCUUAACCAGCACCAUCGCCCCUCUCCCCCCCGCGGCCUCCCUGACCUCUACACCUCUCCCCUCCAUCCCUCCACCCCGCCCUUCCUCGACCGCGACGCCCGCGAUCCCUUCUUCAACCAGCGUCCCCAUCCACAGCAGUCCUCUAGCCCACUGUCCGUCCAGCUCCCGCCCGCGCAACCCCAGUCUCUUCCUUCUCCCAGCACCGCUACUUCCUCUCCUCGCACGACCCUCUGGUGGGGUGAACUCGAGCCCUGGAUGGACGAAGAAUACGCCAAGCAGGUUUGUAACCUCAUGGGUUGGGACCCUAUCAGCAUCAAGGUCCCUCGGCCAGCUCCCGACCCUAUCACCGGACAGCAAGCGAACAAUCCCGGCUACUGCUUCUUGACAUUCUCCACGCAGGCGCAGGCAGCGUCGGUUUUGUCUCAGGUCAACAAUAGCAGCUCGCCUAUGAUCAUGCCUAACUCCUCAAAGCCUUUCUCGCUUAAUUGGGCCUCGUCUAUCCCCUCGGCCCCACUCUCGACCAGUAUACCAGGCCAGACCAUUUCUAUUCCCGGCGUGCAAAACCCUCAAUAUCCCAAGGAGUACAGCAUUUUCGUUGGUGAUCUCGCUCCAGAGGUGUCAAAUUCCGAUCUCGUUGCUGUCUUCCGCAACCCUGUGCUGGGUCUUCGGAACGAUCGUGAGCCGCGCUUCAUCCGUCCUUUCCUGAGUUGCAAAAGCGCGAAGAUCAUGUUGGAUCCGGUGACUGGCGUCUCGCGUGGUUACGGCUUUGUGAGAUUCACAGACGAGGCGGAUCAGCAGCGCGCACUCAUCGAGAUGCACGGGCUUUAUUGCUUGUCGAGACCCAUGCGCAUUUCGCCUGCUACGGCGAAGUUCAAACCAGCCCCUGGAAUGACGGGUUUCGACUUGUCGCAAUUGCCGUUCCCCCAGGUGUCGGCUCCACCGACACACAAUGGUCAAGACCCUUCUACGGGCCAUUCUGUGCCCGUCGGUAAUGCGCCCCCUACCAAGAGCGUCUCGGCGCCCCUCGCUGGUGGUGCGAUCGCAUCGAAUUCCCAUAACUCCCUGACCAGCACGGGGGUCUCGAACUCAGGGUCGGCAUCGUCGUUGUCCGCCCCGUCGUUGAGUUCUGGUACGAGUGCGACGUCUUCGUCGACAUUGGCAUCUACUUCCUCCGAUGAAGCACUCAAGAUCGGCCAGUUUUCCGCAGCCAACGGGUCGGCUACGUCGACAGUGUCGAACAGCACUGCUGUUCCGUCUAUCACUGCGCCCUUCGUCCACCAGACUAACGACCAAAUCAUGGCGCAGCGGUACAAUUUGUCGGAGGAGUCCUGGAAGCACCACGCCCAGGCCCGUGCCAUCCUGUCGAACCUGAUCGGUCCGAACGGCGAACAGUUGACGUCCUCUGAUCCAUACAACACGACGGUCUUCGUCGGCGGGCUAUCCCCACUGAUCUCCGAAGAUACCCUGAGAACGUUUUUUGCGCCAUUUGGCGAGAUCCACUAUGUGAAGGUUCCUGUGGGGAAGCACUGUGGUUUCGUGCAAUUUGUGCGGAAGCCCGACGCCGAGCGUGCGAUCGAGAAGAUGCAGGGAUUCCCAAUUGGGGGUAGUAGGAUUAGGUUGAGCUGGGGACGUAGCCAAUACAAAGCUGCUCAGGCUGCGGCACAAGCUGCUCAAGCUGCUGCAUUCCAGGCACAGUAUCAGACUCAGCUGCAGCAGACUAGCCUUGUGCAGGGUCUGCCGAUACCACCCCACCAACAAUCGCAGCCACAGCCUCAGGGGCAGCAGCAGCAGACGCUCACCCACGAGCAAGCUAUCCAGCUCAUAGAGAAGUUUGGCCUGACGAACGUUCUAGCCAGCGGAAGUAGCUCGACCGGAGUUGGAUUGGAGAAUGUGAGUAACGAGCGUCAGAUUGCAGCUGCUCUGCUCAACGACGUCGAUGGCGAUCGCAUGGCGUCGUUCAACGCAUUCAUUCCUCCUGUCUUCGCUCCACGCCAGUCCGGCAAUUCCGCAACGUCGUCUUCUUUCUCUCCCUUCUCCCCUGAUCCAAAUUUCCUCGGAGAACGUGCGGGCAAUGACGCAUCUGUUGCGCAAGGCCAAUCCCUCUCGCAGACGCCCAAAAACUACUCACCGUGGAACCCCAAUCAAGACGAGAAGGUCGGCAGCGCGAAUGGGAAGGUAUCUCCAACUUCGACGCAGGCGGCACGUUCUUCGAGCGCUACUCAACGCUUCACAUUCCUUGGUGAUUCCCCGGCUUCGACGACAUUCCAGCCCGCGCGCACGUCCAGCCGCCAGGAAGCCCCAAUCGCGAGGCCAGAAGCUAUCCGACGGGACUCCCGCAAGGAGGAGUACAGCUCGUCAGCUCAGGGCCAGGAAGGGAUCCGUGACCUGAAUGGGACGCUCGCCAGCCUGUCCCUCGACGACCACGAGAACGGGCAGUCGCAAACGGUCGCACACUAAAUUAAUGUCGCACGCAAUCGUCACGUAUCUAUCUCGCAACAACUAUCCCUACCUCUCCUUCUGGCUUUGUUCAAUCAUCUGGGUUAAUAUACAACUCCUAUGGCUGUCGAAUGUCCACUUCGCGUUUUUAUGACGCUCUGAGCCUUCACGUCGCCUUCUGUCCUUUACCCACUAUGUCCUAUGUUAGCAUGCGGUAUCUGUUAUACUACACAUCGCGUACGCAUCACAUCUGUCCUGUCCUACUUACAUCUCUCAGUCAGUCCCCGAACACUUUACUGCCUCGAUAGUCGUCACGAAUCUGCGAACCCCUCGUCCCCGUUUUCUCGUUUUGUUUCCGAUCUAGUUUCCUGUUGCAUCUCGAUAUGCUGUCCAAAGACAC